AUGUACCGUGCUGAGGGUCUGGAUUGUCAAUUCGCCUUGCGCCCCGAGUCGGCGGAUUUUCUUUGUGGCCUCACUCUUGCCCUAAUCUAUCUUGUGCAUGUACGAUCUCUUGGCCACGGCACAUCAUCGACCUCGGACUCGGACUACAACUAUCGGGAUGCCGUUCACCGCAUCCCGAAUCAAGCGGUACGGUGGACAAUGAUGCAAGAAUUCAGCCGUGUUGGAACUACAUAG